AUGGCUGAUGAAAUUGUAUCAGCAAUGGAGCAGGAAAUGGUGGAAGAACAGGCUAUAAAGUGCCCAAGGCCUUCAGCAAAGAGGCAAAGGAAAGGAUCUCCUGACGCCCGAGAAGAAACAGAUAAAGAACGUGUAGACGAUAGUCUUCUGCAAGAUGCACGUAGAAUCAAAGAAAGCAUCAGGGUCUACAUGAACGCAACAGACAGGAACGUGAGUGCGAAGGUACAAAAGCACGUUAAUGGGAAAAUUCAACAGUUAAUAGAUAUAAUGGAGACAAUAUAUGAUAAAAACUAUGAAAAAACGGUUUUAGUACAACGUGUGGUAAAGGACACAUUAGCAUCCUCUGAAAUGUAUGAUAUAAUAGUAAAUGCAUUAGUGGAAAAAGCAGUACCUAUGGUUAUCGAGGGAAUCAAGAGGGAAAGUAAAACCAUUCAAAGACCACUGUCAGAACCUCAGACAUCUCGGGAGUUUCCAUGCAUUAAAGAACAACCGCUAUUAGCCGAUGCCCUUCUUGAGACUACGGAGAAUGAAAGUUUCCAGGAAGUGGGUCCCUGUCGGUCCGUCGCUCAUUCAUCGCCUAUUUUGGAUCCCUUCUCUGAAAAUACUCGUUAG